UAAACCGGUGUAUGUUCGAACGAGAGAGACAGUAUUUGCAACCAUUGUCUCUGUAUACACACUCAAAUUUGGAACUCCUGGGUUCUUGGUGCGUUUCUGACAACAUUAUCCACAUCACUGACCAAAACAGCAGGGCUUCACAUUCAACCAAUUUACGAGAGAAGACCGCACGCAGUAACACAGUAGUUCUUUUUUUCUACAGAAGAGAAAAUGGCAUUAAUUAACAAAUCCAGAAGAACAGAAAGUAACCGAUUCCUUAAACAAUCAAAGCCGUUGGAGACAGGCAACCCUUCAAUCCAUAGACUUAAUCUGCAAAAGAAAUAUGGAGAAAAUGAGAGCUUUGACCAGUUCACAUUUGGGAAGAAAGCGGAUCAAGUGAAUAACAAGGUGAUAUUGCUUCUGGGGGCCACAGGUGAAGGAAAAACAACUCUGAUCAAUGUCAUGAUCAACUAUAUUCUUGGGGUAAAGUGGGAAGACCGUUAUCGCUUUAAGCUCAUCCAUGAGGUGACCAACAAGUCACAGGCUGAGAGUCAGACUUCAGUCGUAACGUCAUACGAGCUCUACAACCAGCCAGGCUUUCAGAUUCCUUAUUCUCUGACUAUCAUUGACACACCAGGGUUCGGAGACACCAGAGGAAUGGCUCAUGAUAAACUGAUCACAAGGCAGCUGAAGGAAUUCUUGUGUCAUCCUUUAGGGAUUGAUCACAUUGAUGCAGUUGGCUUUGUAGUGAAUUCAUCCCACCCACGUCUUACUCCCCACCAGAAAUACAUUUUUGACUCCAUCCUGUCCAUCUUUGGAAAAGACAUUGCUGAAAACAUCUUAAUGCUUGUGACAUUUGUUGAUGGCAACGCCAUACCUGUGCUGGAGGCCAUCAAAGCUGCAGAUUUGCCCUGUCGGAAAAACAAUGAGGGACUACCAAUCCAUUUCAAAUUCAAUAAUUCAUCUCUGUACACUCAGAAAACGGAUGACUCAGAUGUUCUUGAUGGGUUACAGCAAAUAUUCUGGGAGUCAGGUUUUAAGCACAUGAAGGAAUUUUUCCAAGCCCUGGAAAACAUUGAGAGCAAAGAUCUGACCCUGACCAAGAAAGUGCUGGAAGAACGUGAGAGUCUGGAGAAGCACCUGAAAAACCUGAUCCCUCAAAUCACAGUUCUUCUGUCAAAGCGAGAUGAGAAUCAACACCUCAAACAGUGUCUGGAGAAGGAGGAAAAAAACAUGGAAGACAACAAAGACUUUGAGACAGAGGUACAGGUUCAUGUAGAGAAGAGAACCAAAUUAAAUUUCUUUGUUACAAACUGUAACACAUGCAUGUCCACAUGCCACACCAGCUGCUUUCUCCCUAACGAGGACGAUGUCAAAACGUGCGCAGUGAUGGAUGAUGAUGGCAACUGUGUCAUGUGUCCGGGAAACUGCUCUUACUUUGCCCACGACAGGGAAAGGGCCUUAUGGACAUAUGAAACAAAGACAGAGAAAAGGACUGUGCAAGAAAUGAAGGACAACUUCAUGAAGGCACAGGGCAAGUUCUUGAACGACAAGCAGAUACUGGAAAAACUAGACAAUGAAUUACGAAAGAAACAGGAAACGCUGAAUCAUUGGGCAAACCUGUGCUCCAACUGUCUCAGCAGGCUUAGCGAGAUUGCGCUGAAGUCAAGCUCUCUCUCAACUAUGCAGUACAUUAGCAUGCUUAUUAAAACAGAGGAGGAUGAACACAAGCCAGACUUUGAGAAUCGUAUCAUGGGGUUGAAAAAAAUGAAACAUGAGUUUGAGAUUCUGGACAAGAUUGCAAGAGGGGAGAAUCUAAUCUAGCAGGACGCAACAUUUUAGUAACGUUUAGAUAGAAAUGUGCUAUGUAGAACAAACAUCCUCUCUGACAUGUAAAAUAAGGAAUCACAUCUGCUCUAUUCGUGGCAUUUCCAUCUGCAACGUUCGACAACGCUUGGCUACUUCACUUUAUAGCAUAAAGUGUGAAAGAUCAACAAACCUCUGUUUACUAUGGAAAUCUAAAAUUCCCAGCAGCUCAUUGAUAAAAAGAAACUAAAGAUAUUCUCUGUUAUUUUUUUUUGUUAUGACAAAUUACAUAAACAAAUUAUAUAUGGCUUUAAGUCAUGUUGGAAAAAGUACUGAAAUUCCUUGAGCACUACAGAUACACUAUAUAUACAAAAGUAUGUUGAGACCCCUUCAAGUUAGUGGAUUCGGCCAUUUCAGCCACACCCGUUGCUGACAUAUGUAUAAAAUCUAGCACACAGUCAUGCAUCUCCAUAGACAAACGUUGGCAGUAGAAUGGCUCUUACUGAAAAGCUCUGUGUCUUUCAACGUGGCACCGACAUAGGAUGCCACCUUUCCAACAACUCAGUCCAUCAAAUUUCUGCCCUGCUAGAGCUGCUCCGGUCAACCGUAAACCUGUUAUUGUGAAGUGUAAAAGUCUAUGAGAAACAACGGCUCAGCCGUAAAGUGAUAGAACACACAAGCUCACAGAACGGGGACGCCGAUUGCUGAAGCUCGUAAUGCGAAAAAAUGGUCUGUCCUUGGUUGCAACACUCACUACCGAGUUCCGAACUGCCUCUGGAAGCAACAUCAGCAAAAUAACUGUUCGUCGGGAGCUUCAUGAAAUGGGUGUACAUGGCCGAGCAGCCGCACACAAUCCUACGAUCACCAUGCGCAAUGCCAAGCGUCGGAUGGCGUGGUGUAAAUCUCCCCGCCAUUGAACUCUGGAGCAUUGGAAACACGUUCUUUGGAGUGAUGAAUCAUGCUUCACCAUAUAGCUGUCCUAUGAACGAAUCUGGGUUUGGCGGAUGCUAGGAGAACUCUACCUACAUAGUGCAUGGGACGAAUGCAUAGUACCAACUGUAAAAUUUGGUGGAGGACGAACAGUGGUCUGCAGCUGUUUUCCAUGGUUCAGGCCCCUUAGUUCCAGUGAAGGGAAAUCUUAACCCUACAGCAUACAAUUAAAUUGUAGACGAUUCUGUGCUUCCAACUUUGUGGCAACAGUUUGGGGAAGGCGCUUUCCUGUUUCAGCAUGACAAUGCCCCCGUACACAAAGCGAGGUCCAUAAGGAAAUGAGAUUGGUGUGGAAGAACUUGACUGGCCUGCACAGAGCCCUGACCUCAACCCCAUCGAACACCUUUGGGAUAAAUUAGAACACUAACUGCGAGCCAGGCCUCAUCGCCCAACCUCAGUGCCCAACCUCACUAAUGCUCUUGUGGCUGAAUGGAAGCAGGUCCCCACAACAAUGUUCCAACAUCUAGUGGAAAGCCUUCCCAGAAGAGUGGAGGCUGUUAUAGCAGGAAAGGGUGGACCAAAUCCAUAUUAAUGCCCAUGAUUUUGGAAUGAGAUGUUCGACAAGCAGGUGUCCAUGUACAUUUGGCCAUGCAGUGUAGUUUAUCUAAGAAGGCUUGGAUAACGUACACUCCCAUACAUAUUUAUUUGGACAGUGAAGCUAAAACUUUUAAUUUGGCUCUCGACACCAUCAUUUUGAGAACAUUUUAUAUGAGGCGACAGUUCAGAAUGUCACCUUUUAUUUGAGGAUAUUUUCAUAAAUUUCUGCUUUAUCGUUUAAAAAUGAAAGCACUUUACGUAUAUUGUACUGCCAUUUAAAGGUGGAAUAAAUAUUUGGACAAAUUCACUUAUGGUGUAUUACAUUUUGUCAAAAGUUUAGAAUUUGGUCCCAUAUUUCUAGCACGUAAUGAAUACAUCAAGCUUCUGACUCUACAAACUUGUUAGAUGCAUUUGCAGUUUGUUUUGGUUGUGUUUCGGGUUAUCUUGUGCCCAAUAGAAAUGAAUGGUACAUAAUGUAUUGUGUCAUUUUGGAGUGACUUUUUUAUUGUAAAUAAGAAUAUAUUUCUGAACACUUCUACAUUAAUGUGCAUGCUACCAUGAUUGAGAAAGUUACAGAUGCAUAAAUAUCAUGCAAAACAUUUAUUCUCAAAUCCAAAAUGUUGGCAUGUAGAGCCAAAUUAAAAGUUUUAGCUUCACUGUCCAAAUAAAUAUGUAAGGGGCGUGUACAUGUUCGGUCGUUUGUGUAACAACUGGCUACCAUAACGCGUAGUACCACCGGUUCACCAUGAAGUGGUGGAAUACAUUUGAUUGAUGUAAGCUCGACAGAUUUCCUAAUAUACAAAUCUAAGUGAUGCAUGUUGGUAUGUAAUUUAAUAAUGGAUGUCAACUCUCCCACGUUAGAAGAAAAUGGUAGCAUAAACACAGCACAAUGAACAAGUGUCAACAUUGACAAUGAGAAGAGAACAGAGAGGGAUAUAUAUCUAGGGAAGGAUCACAAUUUUGAAGUAGUCAACUGAGUGGGACUUCCUACGGCAGGGAUCAUCAACUAGAUUCAGCCAUGGGCCGAUUUGUUCUUGAAAGGAUGUUCAGGGUGUCGGAACAUAUUUACAAAUCAUUUGUAAACUGCUAAUUAACCGUAAGAACCCCGAACAGAUACUGUAUAAUGUUUGCAUAAAACAUAAUAAUUUCAAACCUUG